AUGGCAGCGAUGACGUCUUCCACCUCGACUGAAGGUGGGCUCCGUUUCUUCUCGGGGGAUUCCGAGGAUGGCCGUGAGUACAAACGCUGGAAGCAAUGGGUGAAGAACAAACUGCUGACGCUUGACAAGUUGGCGGAGGGCUCCAGAGGGGCCUAUAUAUACACCCUUCUCUCUGGCAAGGCCUUGGAGGCCGUGGAACACUUAGAUCCCGAAAGCUAUCAGAAGAAGGGCGGAGAUGAUGCCCUAUGGGCCAUUUUAGACAAGCGAUUCCCUCAGCAGGAGACAGUGGAUGAGUUGGGGGAGAUCCUGACCGAGAUCUUUGGACUUCGCUCACAUGAAGGCGAGUCCAUGAGACAAUGGACCGCCAGGGCAUCCGAGCUGAUGGACAAAUGUCACCGCAAAACUGGAGUCUCAUUCCCGGAUGAGGCCAGGGGAUGGCUGCUACUCCAUCGAGCUGCUUUGACGGAAGAGCAAAAGGCGGUGGUGAUCGCCAGGGCUCGAGGUGACUUGAAGCGGGAAUCCAUCGCCUCCGCACUUCGAUCCUGCUACCCAGAGCUGGUCAUGACUCGCAAGCGUGCUGGAGUGGCAAUGGCCGAGGAACAGGAUGGGGGCGAUGACACUGCUGAAAUAUGGGAUGAUGGUUUUUCCGACGUUGAGCAGUUGUUGGAAGACCACCAUGCUGGUGUCGAGGCGGGACCCGACAUCGAGACCUUCCAGGAGUCCGAAGUCGCUGAGGUUUUGGCCGCCACCUGGAAAGAGAAGAGGCACGAGUUGAACCGCCUUCAGAAAACUCGUCAGUUUCAGAAGGCACGAGAUGUCAAACGAAGCUUUCGGGUGGAGAUUGAGGAGAUGAAGAGGAACUCCACUUGCAAUCGUUGCGGCCGCAAAGGCCAUUGGGCACGAGAAUGCCGCUCGAAAGAGACGACCAAAGGAGCUGGCAAGUCAAAGACUUCUGGAUCUAGCGCUGCAUCCGGUGCAGCGGUGGUGCAAGAACUGGAUUUUGUGGCCUCAGUGAUGGCUACGCCUACGUUGCUGGAGCGAGUUCGCAAGCAUGUGAAUGAGAAGAGUCAGCCCGAUGCUCCAGCCACCACAGAGGAGAUCCUGCUUGUGUCGUCCCCAGGCUAUGGUGUCCUGGAUUCCGGCUGUGGUCGGACUAUUGUUGGACAGACCACCCUCCGUGCUUUUGAGAAGAUUUGGAAGCAGAAGGGAUGGGCAAUUCCGAAGCCCAUCGAUGAAGUGCAUCAAUUCAAGUUCGGAAAUGGUGAAGUGGAGACAUCCAUGGUCUCCAUUCAGAUGCCUGUAGUUUUAGCUCAUCGCCGAGGUGUGAUUCGUGCUGCAGUGAUCAAGGGUGAUGCUCCAUUGUUGUUGAGCCGCACAGCACUCAAAACAUUGGGUGCGACUCUGGACUUCGCACAUGACAGCCAUGAGAGCGUCCAGGCCUCUCCAGGUCCCACGGCAUCUCAUGAGCAUGUUGAUGAGCCGCAGCUUGAGCCGGAAAUGCCUGCGGCAAAUGCCCCCGAGUUGACCUCGCCGUCAGCACCUGACACGGCGAUUUGGGAGCAGGAGGACUGUGAUGUCGCGGGUAACCGACAUCCAGACCUCAAAAGUCAUCGAUGA